AUGACAAGGAAAAGAAAAGUUGACAUUUCUCAAACUGAAAAUGACGGUGGAGAAAAGAAAAAGGACCGGUUGUCUGAAUGCGGCUACAAAACUAUGACCGAUGAAGGCCCUUCCACAAAUGGAGAAGAUAGCAAUAACCAAUAUCACCGGACAUUUCCUGAAAAAAACCGUGGUGGUGGUGGCUUCCGCGGUCGUGGAGGACAAAGAAAUAAUCGAUUUUCCAGAGGAGGAGGUCGAAACUACGGCAGUAACGAUUUUGAUAAGAAAUAUGGACGAAUUGGUGGCGGUAACGAAGAAGAAGUGCGUGAAAGCAUAAGAGAUGAAGAUAAACGAAGCGAAGGGAAAGAGACGUACCCUGCAGACCUGGUAGCCUACUUGAAGAACAUUCAGCAAAUGAUAGAGACAGAAGGAGUUGUGGACAACAUGGUGAUCGAUAAGUGUGCAGAAGAGUGUUCGGGUGAAGAAGAGAAGCUGCUAUUAUUCAGAGACUCGUCUAUUGUCGUUGAGAGCGUAUUCGGUACG